AAAGUGAAUAAAACAGAGUGAAAGAGUUACGGACAAAAAAAGAGAGACAGGGAAAGAGAAGGACACAGAGAUGGCACAUCUGGGGAGUGUCUUCUACCUGUGGCUCAUCCUAGCGCUGGGGGGAGCAUCUAUGGUCUCUCCUGGAGCCUCUGCCCCGGGUGACAUCCUCAUCGCAGGGCUUUUCCCAGUCCACGAGGGAGUGGAGAAAAACACAAACCUCUCACACCCAGAGCCAUACAAGUGUGUGAAGUUUAGGAAGGAAGGGCUCACCAACGCCCUGGCAAUGGUCCACGCAGUGGAGUCCCUCAAUGGGUCCCCCGUGCUGGGCGGGCUCACCCUGGGGUACCACCUCUAUGACUCCUGUUCGGACGUGUCCACUGCACUGCAAGUCACCCAGGCCUUAGUAGAUGUGAUCAUAGAUUGUUGGACUGAGCCAACAACUGAUACAUCUUGCAGUCAGCCUGUGAUGGCUGUCAUUGGAGCCACCUCCUCUGAAGUGUCCAUAGCAGUUGCCAGGCAACUCACCCUGGAGCUCAUUCCACAGAUCAGUUACGCGUCGUCCGCUAUCAUUCUGAGUGACAAGAACCGCUUCCCGGCAUUCAUGAGGACUGUGCCGAACGAUAACUACCAGACACGUGCGAUGGUAAAGCUCCUCAAAGACAAUGACUGGAACUGGGUGGGCAUGGUCAGCACGGACGGGGACUAUGGACGCUCGGCGCUCGACAGCUUCAUGGCCGAGGCUGCGGACGCCGGGAUCUGCAUAGCCUUCAAGGAGAUCCUGCCCGACAUCUUCUCCAAUGAGAGCAUCAUGGAAAAGAUCAACAAGACCGCCAAGUCCAUCCUCUCCACUCAGAAAGUCAACGUCAUCAUUUCUUUCGCCAAACCCCUGCACAUGAUAUACCUGUUCAACGCGCUCGAUGAGGAAACUCUAAACAAAAAAGUCUGGGUCGCCAGCGACGGGUGGUCCACCUCCAGGGACGUGAUUGACAAAAUGAAGGAUAAAAACAUCGGGACGGUGGUCGGCUUCACCUUCAAGAGAGGAGACAUCUUGCCCUUCCAUGACUUCCUGAGCACGCUCAACAUCACAGGCUCCUUGGGAAACAGCUCCUUCAUGAGGGAGUUCUCCUCCUUGCAGAACCAGAGCCGGCACUACAGCCCGGCCCAGACCGGGCCUCUCACGGAUGUCCUGAUCAACAGCACCCAGCCCGACGCUGUCUUCAGCAUACACAUGGCCGUCAGCGCCAUCGCCCACGCUGUGGGAAGGCUCUGCACCACGAAGGACUGCAGGGCACCCAAGAGAGUGGAGCCCUGGGAGCUACUCCAAGAACUGGAGGAAUCCGAGUUUCAGAUGGACGGGAAAAACUACGCCUUUGACUCCAACGGAGAUGUGAACCUAGGCUACGACAUCACGCUGUGGAGGUCAGGACAGGGAGCCGCCCAGAUUGAUAACGUAGUGGCCGAGUAUAGCCCUCAGACUCACAGCUUCAAUUUUAGGAGCAAGAGCACAAGGAAGAAACUGCAGGAGCUUCAGGGGGUAGAGUCAAAGUGUGCGCCUACCUGUCAACCCGGGCAGGUAAAGAGGACAGCCGAAGGCCAGCACACUUGCUGCUAUUCUUGUGUCAACUGCACUGAGAAUCACUUUUCCAACGGCACAGACAUGGAUCAGUGCUUCAGGUGUGACAAAGAGACGGAGUGGGCCACAGUUGGGAGCUCGAGCUGCACAGUCAAAACCCUGGAGUUCUUCUCAUGGCAGGACCAUUUUGCAGCGGUCCUGCUGCUGCUGGCUUCCGCAGGAGUCCUGCUAAGCUUCCUGAUCUCGGCGCUCUUUCUCUGGUACCGCAACACCCCGGUGGUGAAGGCCGCCGGAGGCCCGAUCAGCCAGCUCCUCCUCUUCUCCCUGGUAGGCAGCUACGUCAGCACCGUCCUCUUCGUGGGCCAGCCCACCAACCUGCAGUGCCAGGUGAGGCAGGUGCUCUUCGGCCUCAGCUUCACCUGGUGCGUCGCCUGCAUACUGGUGAAGUCCCUCAAGAUCCUGCUGGCCUUCCACUUCAACCCGGGCCUGCAGGCGGCCCUGCGCAAGCUCUACCAGCCGUACUGGGUCAUCGGCGUGUGCGUGGGGCUGCAGGUUCUCCUCUGCACCCUGUGGCUGGUGCUGUCCUCCCCCCAGGAGAAGAGGGUCUCGCUCGAGACCUCCAUCCUGGUCGAGUGCGACGAGGGCUCGUACGUGGCGUUCGGCGUCAUGCUGGUGUACAUCGCCGUGCUGGCGCUCGUGUGCUUCGGCUGCGCCUUCAAAGGCAGGAAGCUUCCGGAAAACUACAACGAAGCCAAAUUCAUCACCUUCAGCAUGCUCAUCUACUUCAUCACCUGGGUCAUCUUUGGUCCCGUCUACGUCACCACGUCCGGCAAAUACCUGCCCGCCGUGGAGAUGGUGGUCAUUUUGAUCUCGAAUUACGGCAUUCUCAGCUGCAACUUCUUCCCAAAGUGUUACGUAAUGCUCUUUAGAAAGCAGGCCAACACCAAGGAUGCCUUCUUGCAAGACAUAUAUGCGUACACCUCCAGGCAGUCCGGCAAAAUCAAAAUGGACGGCUCAGUAUGUGGCAACUCACUGACCCAAGGGAAGCUCAGGGACUCCCUCCAUUCUGUAAGCACACUGUGUUCCCAUCUCCCUGAAACACCAGAGCGCGAGCGGGCUCUGAAGCUAAACGUCUCUGAGAAAAGUUUCAGCGCGCUGGUUCAGGAUCCUGCAUCGCCAUUAUUUUGUAGGAGGAGAAAUGCCAGCAUAUAAAACAAAAUCUGUUGUUUUUAGUUCUGAUUUCAUAAUGCCAUAGUAAAAUAAAUCAUCAUAAUGUUCUUGGCAUUCACUGAAAAUAUUAAUUAAAAACAAUCUCCCAUAUCAAUCAGUAAUUUAUGACAAAAAAAAACUGUAGGUAGGGUUCCCAGGUGGCUCUGAAGGUAAAGAUCAAUGAAACCUAUGAAUAAGGUUUCUCAGCCAUACCAUCUGCUUAUAAUGACCAGAACCCACAGCAGUGGGACACAUUGGCUUCAUUCGCAUGGGGGGUUGGGAUGAGAAAUGGUUGCGUCAUGACAUUGCUCUUGGCACCCUGUGACUUAGGUGACUAUACAUUUCUUGGAUGACCUCAGCGGAGCAGCGCCAAUCUUCAUAUUAGCAUCCACUUCAUCGAAGGGAUUAUGGACUGUAGUCACAUAUUUUCUUGUGGCAAACAAUGUAAAAAUUGUAUAG